AGACUGAUGAGGAUUCUUCUUCUCCUGUGAAAGAAAAAAAAAAGAAAACCUUACCCGCUCCUCUAAAACCCUCGUCUUCUCCGAUCUCUUCCCUCCUAUCCGGUUAGAUUUCAUUAACAAAUUCAAUCGCACGCUGAUACAUUUCUUCUUCGGUUUCCUUCUAAUUAAGCUUCUGUUAUUCACCUCGUUGCUGUUCCCCGGUUACUCAAAAUCAUCGCAAAAGGAUGAAGCUUAGGCUCUGUAGCGGCUUAACAAGACCUGGGCUCUUACUAGUCCACUUCAUGCCGCCAUCUUUUCACUCCCUCUCUCACAAUAAACGACAUGGGUUAGCUCUAAACCUCCACUGCGCUAUCGCAAGUCGGAGACUUUCUUCGGACUCACCCAAAAGGGAAAGGUACCGUUCCUCUUCGGGACGUCGCGACAAAGACAACAAAGUAAAGAGAGAUUCUUCUUCCUCCUCCCUGUACACCCGUCCUAGCUUAUUCGAAAUGAACAAGGAGAAAGCAGCCAACCGCGCCAGGGUUUACGAGUUCCUACGCGGGGUUGGGAUCAUCCCCGACGAGCUCGACGGUCUCGAGCUUCCCGUGACAUCCGACGUGAUGAAAGAGCGUGUAGAUUUCCUCCGCAAGCUGGGGCUCACGGUCGAAGACAUCAACAACUACCCUCUCGUUCUCGGCUGCAGCGUUAAGAAGAACAUGGUUCCGGUUCUAGACUAUCUAGGGAAGCUAGGCGUGAGGAAGUCUACGUUCACUGAGUUUCUUAGAAGGUACCCGCAGGUUCUGCACGCUAGCGUUGUGGUUGAUCUCGCGCCUGUGGUUAAGUAUCUCCAAGGGCUUGAUAUCAAACCGGUCGAUGUGCCUAGAGUGCUUGAGAGGUAUCCGGAAGUGUUGGGGUUUAAGCUUGAAGGGACUAUGAGCACGUCGGUUGCUUAUCUGAUUGGUAUAGGUGUAGCUAGGAGGGAGAUUGGUGGUAUUUUGACUCGUUACCCCGAGAUUUUGGGGAUGCGUGUGGCUAGGGUGAUUAAGCCUCUUGUUGAGUAUCUUGAGGCUCUUGGUAUACCUAAGCUGGCUGUAGCUAGGUUGAUUGAGAAGCGUCCUCAUAUUCUCGGGUUCGAGUUGGAUGAUACGGUGAAACGUAACGUGCAGACGUUGCAAGAGUUCAAUGUGAGGGAAGCUUAUCUUCCUUCUGUGAUCGCGCAGUAUCCUGAGAUCAUGGGGAUAGACCUUAAACCUAAGCUCGAGACGCAGAUGAAGCUGCUUUCUUCGGCUAUUGAUCUAAACCCUGAGGAUCUGGGCUCUUUGGUGGAGAGGAUGCCACAGUUUGUUAGCUUGAACGAGUCGCCUAUGCUGAAGCACAUUGCGUUCCUUAAAGAGUGUGGCUUCUCGAUCGAUCAGACGAGGGAGAUGGUGAUCGGGUGUCCUCAGGUUCUGGCUUUGAACAUUGGGAUCAUGAAGCUUAGCUUUGAGUACUUCUUAAAGGAGAUGAGAAGACCUCUUCAGGAUCUUGUGGACUUCCCUGCGUUCUUUACUUACGGGUUGGAGUCGACGGUGAAGCCGAGGCACAAGAGGGUGUUCAAGAAGGGGAUUAAAUGUUCGUUGGCUUGGAUGCUGAACUGUUCAGAGGAGAAGUUCGAACAGAGGAUGAGUUAUGAUACUAUAGAUAUAGAGGAAGUUGAGUCCGGUCCAGCUUCUUUUGACAUGAGUACGUUGAUGCAACCCGAAAGAGAGGAAGAGGAGGAGUCUGAUUCUGAGUACGAGGAAGAGGAAGAGGAAGAUGAUGAAGACGAGGAGUUUGCUUAAACCAGAGAGAUGGGAGAUUUGGACAAUGAAUCGGAACUAAAGUUUCUGUCUUGAUGGAUGAUCAGUUCGAACGGAACAGAUUUCUUUGUUGAUUUAGAAUCUCUUAUCAUUGUAACGAUUCUUUUUGUUCAUGUUGAUAACAUCACAAUGUACUAUUCAGACAAUGAAUUGGUAGUUAAAGUUUGUGUGUCUCA